CUGAGUGGUCAUGCAGUGGAUCAUAACUUGAAUUCCUCUCAAGCUGUUGCUCAGAAAGUCGUACCCACGCUUGCAGCUGGGGUUUCUGUUUUUGUGAGCAAUUACACGAUCGGUGGAAAGCCUCUCUAUGCGGUCAACGGAGCUAAGAUAGCGACUCCAGAUUAUAUGACUACGAAUGGGAUAAUACAUGUGAUUGAUCGCGUAAUUUAUCCACUUGCCAAAUAUGAUUCUGAGACUACGCUUCAUGCUGCUGCACCGGUUACCGAUGGAUUUUUUCAACCGGAAAAUAGAAUGAUGCUGAACUUGCUGAAGAAUCCAGGAUUUACACUAUUCGCGCCGUCGAAUGAAGCCUGGUCUAGGGUUCCGUUCAACAUUUUGGCAAACCUUACGGAUGCUCAGUUCGGAGUCCUGGGACUAAUGCAUCUUGUUGGUCCGGAGUCAGCCGGUCUACAUGGUCCGCUCUUCUCUCCAGCGCUAUUGGCAAGCAGUCCCACAAACCUCGUCUCGAUUCAUUUGACGGAUCAGAUCUUCCUUACUCGGUGGGUCAUCAAUCCGAGUGGGUCAUAUUUAUGGCGCAGCGAACCUGAAUCACUGAGUCGGAAUUGCAAUGCGAGCUUGCGUCACUCUGUUGGCAGUUGCGUAUGUCGGCUGGUCACUGAAAUCGUCAUCCGCGUCAGGGAUCCCGGAUGA